UGCUGACAAGAUAUUAGACGUAUAUACUUCAUCUUGUGUAACAAAGAGACUAAGGAGACAAAGGAGACAGUAGACAAAAUUGGGAAGGGAACAGCCAGGGAAGUCUCUAAUGAGUCUCUUUAGAGCUGCUGCUCAGAGAGAAAAGCGAUGGAUAAUGAAGACAUGCUGCAGGACUUAUCUCUUCCUUACUAGCUACAAAACUGCUUGCCUCCUCCUUAGAAGGACCAGUGUCGUUUGCCACAACCUCCCCUUCACUCUGCAAGAAACUAAGAUUCAAACAAAAUUUGUAUGAUUACUAUACUUA